AUGUCGGAUAGACGCAGGUAUGGUGUUCAAAUUUACUAUGAUAUCUGUGGUAGAAUGCCUAAUAAUAGAGGCCAUCCUCAGAAGAGCGAUGAUAAGCGCGCGAUGCCACAAGGAAUGAGGAAAAGAAACAUCAUUCGACAACCAGAACACUCACAGAAUAACUCUUCUGUUGAAGAUAGUACUCCUGCAGUAAAAAUGGAGCAAACUGUAGUCGGAAAGAUUGAUAGGAAGGUCAUUCCGAAGGCUGCGACAUGCGAGAAGAAUCGCUCCGGAGUAAAGCGAGAACCUCCAGUAGAGCGUCUCAGCGAACCUAAAGCUGAUCCACCUCUAUCUUCGACACAACAAGCGAGACGUGGUAGUAUCGGUAAUAGGCCGGUUAUGGGCCUCGUUAAUUCAUACGCCUCUGUAGCCAAGGGUGUUACCAGCUCGCAGGAAAGCCAACAGCCUCGCGGUUACUAUCAAAACGAUAGGCAGAAACGAAGGUCAGAUCAUGAACCUGAAGAUAAAGAUAUCGUAAAAGUUUUGAUGAAGCUUUAUCGCAUCAGAUUCAGAGAUUUCAGGAAAUAUGAAGAAACACAUUACAUUCACCAUGAACCUAUGAAUCACCAUGGGCCAAAGGGACGUUUAGAAAUACCACUAAGCGUUCAGGACGUACCUGGUGUCUACCAACCAAGGAUGCAUUCUGCAUCUCACGAGAUACGGCGGCCUUUGAUGCACGAGAACAGCAACGAGAUGGUCAAAAUGCCUCCAGUUCGACGAACGUCGGCCGAAAAUCUUACACCGGUAGGAAGGCGUAGUGAUGACUUUGUUCUAAGUGACCCAAUCUCACAUAUGGCGCGACAUCGACGACACGAUGGGGGCAGACCGCAGUACACAGAUCGACGUCGCAGAAACUACAACGACCGUUUCUCUCCACAUGAGGAGGAUCGCGGCUAUGUCAACUAUGGUAGAUACAGAAACCGCGUAAAUGGGCAUGGCGCCCAUAAGGCUGAGUUUAAAAGGGAUGAUCGGAUCGAGCGUGUCUAG